UCUAGGGUCUUUCGGUAAAGUCACGUAGAUAGGUUCAAAGAAAAUAACGAAAACAAUCGCAACACAAGCAAUCUAAGACGAUUGCUUGUGUUGCGAUCGAAACGUCGUAGUUUUUCGUUAUUUUUUUCAAUUUUAUUUGAAGCGCUCUCCGUGACUUUACCGAAACACCCAAAAAUAACAAUCGUCUCAGUGGCCGCUAGGAGGCGCCAAGUGUCGCUCGCCUCACUCGGGGCUGAGCGGGGAGGGAGGGGGCGAGACGCUGCUGCUGCCGCCGCGUCCUCCUCGCCGGCUUUGACGCGACUGCGUGAGAAGUUCAUUGUGGGGUAUCGAACCUCUCCUACCCAUACUGUGGUGAGCCUGGUCAUUGGUGAGUUUGGUAAGAGGUGAGUGUGUUGAAUAGUGAACAUGGUGAGUUUCGUGAUUGAUGAGCUUAGUGAGUGUGGGGAAUGUGGAGGUCAGUGUGUUUUGAGUGGUGAGCCCGACUGGUAAAUGAGUGGAGUGUAGAAUGUUGCGUAACACUCUGGCGAGGGUGGGUGCACGUGUGAUGUUAGUGGUGAGUGUAGCGAGGGUGGUGUGAGAUGCGUGCGUGGGUGCUUGUGGUGAAUCUGACGACCGCCGUGAGUCGUAAUGUGAGCCGUGAGCACGUUGGUUGUGCGGUGAGCGGCGAGUAACGUGGGUGCAUGUGCGGUGAGUGUUGAGUAGGUGAGUGCAUAGUGGGUGGUGAGCGAUGAGACGGGGGAUACGUGGGGGGGGACGGGCUUCUGGGGGAAGCCCCGGCCGACCCCGCUGCGGCCUCCUCAAGCUGGCGUGCGCGCUGCUGGCGCUCCUCGUGGCCGUGCCGCUUGUCGCUCACUACUACCUGGCACUCUCCAUGGACGCGCUGCCACUCUCCUCGCUGCGGCUGCACGCGGCGGGGCCGUGCGACGCCCUGCCCCGCCUGCCCGCUGGGCCCGACCUCCCCGCCACCGAGCUGUGCGGCCUGCACGAGGAGGUUAGCGAGCAGCUGGUCUCGCUGGAGGCGCGCCGGCGUGGCCUGAGCUCCGAGCUGGCACGACUGAUGGCACGCAUCGAGGCCUUCCGCCUGGGGGUGGAGGCCGCCCGGCAGGAGCUGGCGCAGCUGCGGCACGUCAUCGCGCAGACGGAGCGCGCGUACAAGGAGCUGCUGGAGCAGGCGCAGCCGCGGCUGGCGCUCCCGGCACGCGUGACCCCCGGUCCGAGCCGGCCAGAAUCGCUGGCCCCGCCGGCACACCCGUACGCCUGCCGCAUGCACUCGUGCUUCGACCACUCGCGCUGCCCGCUCACGGCAGGAUUCUCGGCGCACGCCUACCCGCCCGGCGACUACCCCGCGCUCUGGGCGCAGCUGGAGCCGCUGGCGCGGCACGCCUUCCGGGAGCACGCCACCAACGCGAGCGCCGACGCCCGCGCCGCCUGCGUGUUUCUGGUGCUCGUGGGGCCCCUACGCGCUGGCCUGCCUGUGCCGCCGGCCACCGAUGUGGAGCGCCAGCUGCGGGCGCUGCCCCACUGGCUGGGCGACGGGAGGAACCACCUACUCGUGCACCUGUCCCUGGCCGCGGGCGACCGCUCGGCGCUGGGCAUGGCCGCGGACACGGGCCGCGCGUUGCUGGCGGGGCCGUGCUCGGAGCCGCUCCGCCCUCGCCCCGGCUUUGACCUGGUGCUGCCCCCCGUGGCGCACGUCCUCGACGAGCCAGACCCGCUGGCGCUAACCCCGCACGUUCCCGCCACCCGGCGCCACUCGCUGGCUUUCCGGGGCACCGCGCCAGAGGACCGGAGUGGCCUGGCCAGCGCGCUGCGUGCCCAGUGGCCCCGAGGCCGGGACGGCGCGCUGUUGGACUUUGCCUGCGGCGGAGACGCGGAGACCGGCGGCGGCGGAGCCGACUGGGCACUGUGCGGCUCGCGGGACGAGCGCCUGAUGCUCCUGCGGGUUUCCACGUUCGCGCUGGUGCCGCUCCCGGAGCCGGCGGGAGCCGGGACACUUGGCCCCGCGGCGCUCGUGCGGCUGAGCGAGGCGCUGGAGGCCGGCGCCGUGCCAGUGCUCAUCGGGGGGGACGCGCCGCCGCCGCCGCUGCCCCUGGCCGACGUAAUCGACUGGCGCCAGGCGACGGUGCUCGUGGCGCGGCCGCGCGCCACGGAGCUGCGGGGCCUGCUGUGCGGCGUGAGCGAGGCGGACGUGCUGGCGCUGCGCCGCCAGGGCCGCUUCCUGUGGCGAACGUACCUGGCGGGCGCGGGGGACGUGCUGCGCUCGGCGCUGGCCGCCGUGCGCACGCGUCUGCAGCUGCCCCCCCCGCCGGCGCCGGCCGCCCCUGCCCAGGAGCUCCCCCACCGCUCGGGGAAGCCACCCCUCCCGCCCCCGCCUCCAUCGUCCGACCUCGACCAGGCUGCUGGGCCGGUGGCCGAGGGCCCCCCGUUGGAGCUGGGCGGCAUGCAGGCCGAGCCCCCCUACGCCUCGCCCAGCUUCUUGCGCAACUUCACCGCGGCGCUGGCGGAGAGGGGCCGCGCGUGGAACUCCCCGCCGGGGCCCUUCCUGCUGUUCCCCUUCACCCCCUGGGACCCGCAGCUGCCCUCCGAGGCGCAGUUCCUGGGCUCGGGCGCAGGGUUUCGUCCCAUCGCGGGGGGCGCGGGGGGCUCGGGCCGCGAGUUCCAGGAGGCGCUGGGCGGUAACGUGGCGAGGGAGCAAUUCACGGUGCUUAUGCCCACGUACGAGCGUGACGAGGUGCUGAUGAGGUCACUGGAGAGGCUCAACGGCCUCCCGUACCUGCACAAGGUGAUCGUGGUGUGGAACUCGCCCGGGCCCCCUGCCCCUGAGCUGCUGUGGCCCGACAUCGGGGUUCCCAUUCUGGUGGUACGCACGGAGCGGAACAGCCUCAACAAUCGGUUCCUCCCGUACGAUGCAAUCCACACAGAGGCCAUCCUUUCCAUCGACGACGACGCCCACCUACGGCACGAUGAGAUAAUCUUCGGCUUCAGGGUUUGGCGCGAGGCCCGGGAUCGCAUCGUGGGGUUUCCUGGGCGCUACCACGCGUGGGACGCACAGCACGGCUCGUGGCUCUACAACUCCAACUACUCCUGCGAGCUCUCCAUGGUGCUCACUGGCGCCGCGUUCUUCCACAAGUACUAUGCCUACCUCUACACGCUGGUGAUGCCGCAGGCGAUUCGCGACCUCGUGGAUGAGUUCACCAACUGCGAGGACAUCGCAAUGAAUUUCCUCGUGUCGCACAUCACGCAGAAGCCGCCGAUCAAGGUGACGUCGCGCUGGACGUUCCGCUGCCCUAGCUGCCCUCAGGCGUUGUCCCAGGACGAGUCUCACUUUGUGGAGCGCCACCGCUGCAUGGCGUUCCUCGUGCGCGUCUACGGCUACAUGCCGCUGCUGCACACGCAGCACCGUGCCGACUCUGUGCUGUUCAAGACGCGGCUGCCGCACGAUAAAACCAAGUGCUUCAAGUUCAUCUGAGCCACCCGAACCACCGCGUCCCCAGCCAGCUGUUUGGCCAAAGGGGGCUAACCGGGCGCGGCACGAGCCGGAGAACGGAAGGAUGUGCAACCAAUUCGACUUGCCGAUGACUGGUACCAGCGGCGCCUCUAUGGAGGAGGAGGCUCGUGAAGGACGCGACUGCGCGGUUGGAGGCAGUCACCCUCCUACCAUAGAGGGUGGAGGAGCAAUGCUUACCACAACGAGGGGAGGGAUGGGUGGCUAAGACGCAGCGAGUUGGCACAGUCGGGAGCGCAGGUGGUGCAUCUUUCAGUCACCUCAGUCAUCUCAGUCAUCUCUGUCAACCCAUGGCCCCUGGGUCUGUCCCAUAACCCCCGAUCAGCAAGAUUUCUACAUUACGCAUAGCCGAAAAGUGCACCGAGCCCGGUGCAAGCACUGUUGUAAAAUCACCACCACUCCGUGGUGUUUGACAUUUUUAGUUGGUCGGUAUCGCGAAUGCCCUGGUGGUGUUGGCGAGCGUGCCGGCACUGCGGCAGGCAAGGGGUGAGCGUCACUGCUCCGUUGAAGAAACUACGGGUGUGAAAAAGAUGAAAUUUUCCCAGAAAAGGGAGAGCUCAAACAAUUAUCGAACAGAUAAUGCACCGGCAUUCGAAGAUACAGCAACAGGGUGGAGCUGUGGAGGUCUUGCUGGAGUGACGCUAUGGAGAUCCCAGCGUGGAGCUGUGCGGACGUUCUGCUGGAAUAUCUACUCGUCUCACAUUCUCUCGCCUCGUGGGACAAGCUCGUCCGGAGGAGGCUUGACGGCGGACAAGGGGGCAACAGCCCGUUGCCCGCAUCCACGAGCCAAAGAAGCCCAAAUGGAUGACGCAGUGAUGGAGUUUCUUGGAACCACUGCCACUUGCUAGUACUA